AUGGGCGGGGUCAAGCGUAAGAUUGAGGCCACCAAAGGGUCAACUACAGCCCCGGCUGGCGGCCCUCCAGCCACCCCUCUGAGCACUAAUCAAUCUACUGUUGGUGAUACUUCGCACAUUCGCGUGACGCGAAGUCUGCGUGCAAGCCAGGACGCACGUGCCCACCAAACUGAUAGUAACAAAAGCAACACUCAUACCCCUACCACCACCAACAAGAAUGGGCCUAAUCGCCCAUCCCGAAUCAUCACGCUCAAGACUCGCCGCUCAUCCACGUCAGGCACAGCUGCCAACAAUGCAGCAAGCUUUGCCGCAAACCAGGUAGCAAGCAGUUCCACGAGUACGACUCGUGAGACCCGUGCUUCUCGAACGCGGGCCGCCGUCCCUGCUGCACCUGCUGCCCCGGCCGCCCCGGCUCCGCCGGAUGGCACGGCUUCAUCAACGGUCCCGGAAACUCCUCGGGCCAAACGGGUCAAGCGGGGCCCGACGGUCGAAGAAACUCCCCGGACGACGAGGCAGUCGGCUCGAUUGCGACCGCAGCCCCAACCGGCCGCAAGUGAGAAUGUCUCUCAGGCAGAUAUUGUGAUCAAGCGGCCCGAGGAGGCAAGUCCAUCCGUAGGCGUUGCCUCCGGAACCCGGACUCGCAAACGGAGUCGACAAAUGUUGGACGAGACUAAACUGCCCGAUCCGGCGGAAAGGCUGCCCAAAGCACCUUCUCCAGAUCCCGCUGUCCCUCAAACUGUCGAGGAUUCUAAACCGUUGGAUAGCGAACCUUCGCGGAAUCUGACGAUUACUUUUUCCCAGCCCGCAGAAGGUGGCCGCGAGGGUGCCGAGUCCCAGGAGAAGAAGAGCGACUUCGGUGAAUCUAUGACCGAAGAGGCCGUGAGCCCUACCACGAAAACGAACAGCAGCCCGUUGGCAACUCGGAAACCUAGACCCUCGGAGGCCGACAAUGACGAGGCUGCACACCGUACUGCCAGUCCCGUUGCUUCCCCUAGCAAGAAGCCCAAAGUGGAGGAGAAUGAGGAGGAAGGGGAAGAGGAGGAGCCUGCUUCGGAACAUCAGUUGCCAAACGGCCCUACAGACAAACCAGAGUCGCAAACGCCGGAUGACGGUGCCGCGGAACCUAAAACCGACAGUGAAUCUCGGCAGAUCACAGAGGAGAUUGAGGGAUCGACCCCUGAACUUGCCACGGGGCCUGCUGGCGGCAAGACGUUACGGGGUGGUCGUGUGAGGGGGCGAGGGCGCGGCGGGCGUAGCAGAGCAGCAGCACGCUUCGCAGCAAGCCGGCGUGGGCGUGGCGGUACACGAAGUACCCGCGGAGGCCGCACGGGUCGUCAGCUCGAUCGCUCGAGUGAUGUCGAACUCGAACGCUCCCCGUCCCCAAGUGCAGCCACUCAAAAGCUCCGGGAUCGGCAGCGCGAACUUGACAAGGCGUUCAAGAAAGUGGCAGCUGCUCAUCGGUUAGCAUUGGCUGUGCUGGCAGAUCAGUCGGAGAAAAAGCUCGCUCGAGACAAGAAUGCACAUAAGAAUGUCCCCGAGUACGACGAGAUCAACGAUCUCCUGCAAGAGAGGCUUCGAGAAAGGAAGGAGUUGUUUCGCCGAGAGUACGAGCUCAAAGUGGAGCAAGAGAAUCGGAUAUUCGCCGCUAACAAGGAAGCUAUUGAAGAGAGGUUCAGAGCAUCGGCACGGUAUAUCCAGACAGAGCAUUUCUACGCCAGCCAAGGAGACUACAUGGCUUUUGUGGAGGGCCGCCGGGCGGCGGAGGAUGACGAGCACACUGAAACGGACGGUUCCGAGACGGAGCCGGAGCGGGGGCCCAUCGUCCCCCCUGCGAGGGAGUUCAUCCGAGGCUUCAAUUCUUCCUCUGUCCGAGAUACGGCAGGAGCUGCCGCCUACGAUCGAGGCUACCAUGGCUGGGAGGAUUUCGUUCAACGGGCUAAACUGGGCGACGAUAUUGACCCGCAGAUGAAGGAGAUCGGCGACACCGCCGGCGCUGGUGGCCUCUCUGCUCGUCAGAUUGUGGAUAUGCUCUUGGAGGCAACGGGGAUCGUCGAAGUGCGCCAUAGCGGUGGAGUACCGGGGCGGGAGUUUCACCCCCCUGCUGCUCCCGCUGUGCGUCCGACGGCAUUGUUUGCCCUGGCCGAUGUAGCAGCCGCCGAGCUCCCUCGUCCCUCGAUAGUCCAGGCCACGCCCCGCCUUUCCGCCCAUCGGACGCUUCUCCCGCAGCCUCCGCAGCCCCCACAGCCUCCUCCAUCGCAGGUGGUUCAUGGGCCGACGGAUCCGCGAUCGUUUGUGCUUCCUCCUCCCACCCCCCAUCGCCAAGCGCCGCGUCGACUUCUACCUGCGGCGCAGCAGAUUCCUCCGAUUAACGAGCAGUUGGGACUGCCCGACCCCUUCGCAUCCCGGAGCGGUCCCCCUCAGCUGCCGCCGCCGCCGGGCUCGAACUUCCAGCGGCCGCCGUUGCCGGGAUAUCUCGCCGGGCAUCAUCCCUCGCAUCUGUAUUAUCCGCCGCCUCAUCCUCCUCCGGGACCACGUCCGCCAUAUUGA